UCUACUUCCUCCUUUUCAUCUCUUCCUCCCUCUCUCUCUCUCUCUCUCUUUCUCUCUCUCAUCUGAUCACAUGGAGAAGUAUCAUAUACUGUUCCCUUCACAACCUUCUUCUUCUUAUUCUUCCCAACCCACCCACUUGUCAUCCAAUAUGUUUAGUGACUCCCAAGACUAUGGCAAGCUGCAUAACUACAAUUCAAGUGGGCUUUUAGGGCUAAAGGGAGAGGUCAAGGUUUCAUCCUCAGAAGGUUAUGAAGGUCCUCAAAGGGAGUGCUUUGGAGGGCCAGAGAACGAGGCGAAGCCCUGUAAGAAGAAGGGUGAGAAGAAGGUAAGAAGGCCUCGGUUUGCCUUCCAAACGAGAAGCCAAGUGGACAUCCUUGACGAUGGGUACCGGUGGAGGAAGUAUGGGCAGAAGGCAGUGAAGAAUAACAAGUUCCCACGAAGCUAUUAUCGAUGUACACAUCAAGGGUGCAAUGUCAAAAAGCAAGUUCAGCGCCUAUCGAAGGAUGAAGGAAUUGUGGUAACCACAUAUGAGGGAAUACACACUCAUCCAAUAGAGAAAUCCAACGACAGCUUUGAACAUAUACUUAAUCAAAUGCAAGUUUACUCUACCUUUUGAGCCUAAAAAUGAAAAGCAGAAUCACUUUGUGUAGAAAAGCACUUACAUGACUGUUCAAACAUGAUAAGUAUAUGCUGAGUUAUAUAUGUUACUCAGUUUUUUAUGUACACUAUAUUCACUCUAAAAUUGCAUUACAUAUGUAUUUCUUGUGA